UAGGGAGCGUGUCUGAUGGAUUACCCCAAUCACGUCUUCAAAGUUUAACAAUGUUCCUUCAGUAAUAGACACAGUUAUCUGUAGGCAGUGUACCUGCCUCACACCUCAGUCGAUAAAGAUUGUGAUAUUUGUGUUGAUUGGUGUAGCUUUAAAAGACGGUCUAGUUCGUUUGUGUUUUGAUAGUGUCGUAACGUGGAAUGUCGACAUGUAAUUAUUUAGACUACUAAAGCAGCCACAUUGUUUGAGAAAAUAUAUUGCAAGGGAUCUCGGCAUAUGAAGGGAUCAUUUGGUCAGCACUAUGCCCACAUUUUCUUUCCCUAACGUGAGUUAGCAACCCACCAGAGCCGGGCGACAUUAUACUGACUUGAACCCGGAUUUAGGAUUCAAUCUAUUUAUUCAGAACUAUAAAGAACCAAAGUAUCCCAGUACUAGAAUUACCUAAGAUUGCCUUUAUAUUUAGACGAAUUUUGUUUACGUUUAGUCAAAGAAAAUUUAGCUGAAAUUCUACCAUGGCAAAAGAGAAAAAAGAAAAGCCGGAGUCAGACGAGCGACCCAGCUGGGGACGCCAUCUUGAUUUCAUUGUCACGUGCAUUGGAAACGCCGUCGGAUUGGGCAAUAUAUGGAGGUUUCCCCAUCUAGCGUACGUCAAUGGAGGAGGGGCGUUUCUCAUCCCUUACACAAUCAGCCUAUUUUUUAUGGGCAUCCCGCUUUUCUGUUUGGAAUUACUGAUUGGUCAGUUCACAAACGUCGGACCAAUCACAAUUUGGGAAAUAAACAUUCUUUUUAAAGGUCUCGGCUACACCACCGUGACCCUAGCUGCCAUCAUCUGCAUCUACUACAACCUGGUGGUCGCCACCUCCUUCUACUACCUGUUCGCCUCCAUGCAGGCCACCCUCCCCUGGUCCACCUGCGGCAACGACUGGAACACCUGCUACUGCCGCACCCCCGAGAUGAACACCACCCUGGGGGACCCCAUGAUGUGGUACAACGCCACGAAACUCAACUGCUCUGGUAUAGAGUUCAACAAGACAGACAUCAAAUUAUCAAGUGAGGAAUACUACUACCGAUAUGUACUAGAAGCUACUGACGGUAUAUUUGAUCUCGGUAGAGUGAAAUGGGACUUAACUCUAUGUAACUUGUUGGCUUGGGUCAUCAUAUGUGCAUGUUUGAUCAAGGGAGUUAAGACGAUGGGAAAGGCUGUCUACUUUUUCGCCCUGUUCCCCUACGUUCUGAUGACGGUCCUGCUGGUCAGGGGCGUCACCCUGGAUGGUGCCAAGAAAGGAAUCGAUUACUACCUGACGCCCGAUACUUCCAAGCUGAAGGAAGCAAAGGUAUGGAAGGCCGCAGCAGCCCAGAUUUUCUUCUCCCUCAGCUGUUGUACCGGAAGUUUAGCAGCGAUGUCAAGUUAUAACAAAUUCAAUAACAACGUCCUAAGAGACAGCAUAAUGGUACCAAUCAUUAACUGCCUGACCAGCUUCUAUGCCGGCUUCGCGAUAUUCUCAAUUCUGGGAUACAUGGCGGAAACCACAGGGGUCGCUGUGGAGAAUGUCACCACUGAUGGUCAAGGUCUUAUUUUUGUCGCCUAUCCUGAAGCGUUGUCACAACUUCCGGUUCCACAGUUGUGGUCCGUGUUCUUCUUCCUGAUGUUAAUCUGUCUCGGUCUGGGAACUCAGUUCCCCAGCGUUGAGACUGUGCUAACUGCUCUACAAGACGAAUUCGCUUACUUCCGGAGGAAGAACGUCGCCAUGUUGUUCCGUAUUAGUGUCUGCAUCAUCGGCUUUUUGCUGGGGCUACCCAUGACAACACAGGGCGGCACUUACCUACAAGACUUAUGCGACAUUUUUGUUGGGUUACCUCUACUGCUGGUGGGGUUUCUUGAGAUCCUGGUCAUUGUGUGGAUAUAUGGUGUCAAAAAUUUUGCUGAGGAUGUGCUGUUGAUGGUUGGGGGCAUCAAAAGUUCCAAAUAUCUUUUCUACGGCUAUUUCAUCUGGAACUGGGUCUUCUUCGCACCGGUGCUGAUCCUGGCCAUCAUAGUGUUUGAAUGUGUCCAAUACGAACCAAUCACCGACGAACACUACCCCGACUGGGCUGAGGCCCUGGGGUGGUCGAUUGUGGCUGCGGUCAUGGUGUGGACGCCCCUGUGGUACGUGGUCAGGUUUCUUCACGAGUGGAGGAAACAAGGAUUUAAACACGGAGUUAAGCUCUUUAAAAGACUGAACCAACCAGCGCCUAGUUGGGGUCCCAAAGAUCCCGAGAACAGAACCCUCGCCAGAUACCAACGAAAUUACCAGGAGAAACCGAAGGAGAAAGAGGCGGACGUGCAAGAGGCUGAUGUUGAGCACGGCAGCAAGGAACAUAAAGAUUACGGACUACAGAAGGGGCAGUUUAAUGCGGGUUUUACUGAUGAUGAGGCUAACAUUGGUGUUGUACACAACGGUCAUGUGACCAAUGGUGGUGUUGUAGGUGAUGAAAGUGGUAAUGUUGUUAUGACAUCAAAGUUAUAAAACUGAGUGUAUGCUACUGAUCAGGGUUAAGAUUGAAUAAAAAGGUUAGGUUUUAAUAAUAACUUCAAAACUGUCUUUGCAAAGGAAGUACUAUUUUCGAUUUCGUAUUAGGGUGUUGUUUUUUUAUUGU